AACACAACGCAUUCCAAAACAGCUUGAAGGGGGCUGGGAGCGUGCAGAUUUUCGUGUAAGUGAUAUUUCCAACUCUUUAGAGCUUUAAGUAAAGAACCUGUUGUUUAUAUUUUCCACUCUUGGUGGCACUUACGGUCAUUGAAACCAUCCGGAGCAAACGGUAUCGUCAAAAGACACUACGGAAGCCAAGGAAGGGCGUUCAUUGAACAUUUUUGGAUUGUUUAAGAAACCGCUCACAGUGGAACAUGAUAAUUCUUAAACAAGCUGGUUGGAUUGGUGUUCUGUUGAUGUGCAUGCAAUUAUGUGUAGCAGUCAAUAUCACUGUUGAUGCUACGGUUGGAAUAUUUCUUCAAAAAGAACUUCUUUUCCAAGGUUUUAGUUCAAGUCCUUCUGAUCCUGUAAAGUUUAUAGCUUCCAAAUCAGGAUCUCCUGACCUUCCCACUUGGUUACGCCUUGAACAGCGUGAGCCUUCAGACAGAGCAUUUAUCUAUGGUACUCCUGGGCGUGAUGUGUCCAUUCAAGUUGUUUUGGAGGUUACUGCAUGGAAUAAAACAGACUACACAACCAAAAGACAAGAUGUUGUUAUUAACAUUGAUAAAUCAAAAGAUAUUCCACGUUACCAGGCAGAGUUUCUUGUAAAAAACAGAAGUAUUGAUGAAUUCCUGGAGAGAAAGGAAAGUGUAAACUUUGUGGAAAAGGUGAAGCAGAUUUGGCAGCCACAACCUGGUGGAGUGAAAGUUACAGCUGUGGAGUCAAAACUGGACAGAAAAGGCAGGGUGCCAAUUCCACCACAGAAAGAGGGAGUCUAUAUCACAGUUGGGGGUGCAUCAACUUAUGAAGUGCUCAAACAAGAACACAGAGGCUGUGCAGGGUUACGGGAUUCAUCCAACAGCAAGUUCCCACCCUUUGAAAUUGACUGGUGUGAAUUUAAAUUGAUGGAUAAGGAUGACACAGCUGUUGUUGUCAGUAAUACCACCACAACAGAGGUCAGCGGAGAAGGAUUUGUUGAAUCAACAUAUGUGGCACCUGUGUUUGACUCUUCCAUCAGGGACUUUGGAAGUGAUUUUCUCCUUAUACUGAUCUUGCCGCUUGCUGUUGUUGUUAUCAUAGCAAUCAUUCUAGCCAUCAUCAUGUUUUGCUUUCGUGAAGGAAGGCCAAAGAGGGAUUCUGAAACUCCAAGACCACAGCUGUCUCAUCAUGACUCCAUUCUGAGAGCAACUUUCCGUUUGAGACAGUUGUCCCAUCAAAAUGGUGAUGCUGUACAUGACAGUUCAGAUCGUGUUCCACAGCCCAAGGAGACAUCCACACCUUACAAGCAGAAACCCCCUCCAGGUCAGCGUGAAUAUGAACCAGAACCAGAACCACCCAUGGGAGCACCUCCUCCUUACCGCCUUCCACCACAGCCAGGUGUUAGUGUGUCAGCACCUAAUGGGAAUAACCAAUAUUACCCAGGCUCUGCUCAAGGUGACUGAAGGUGGCUUUAUGUGUCGAGGCAUGAGAGGCCACCUCCAUUUAUGAGCAGUGGAAAUGUACACUGAUCAUGAAACCUUUUUGAGAAAAAUUCAUUUGGUUAAUUAAUGGCUCAAACUUUGUUAAUAUUUUGUAUUUGUUAGCUUUUUUAUACCUUUUGUAAUGAUGGAAAUUUUGAGGUAAAUUCAGAGUAAACAUUUAAAAGAUUUGGAAAAGCACAGUGACUGAAGAUGGGUUGAUGGAUGUUUAAUGGACUGUAGUGUAAUGUUGCCAUUGUAAAGUUGGUGUCUUGGUUUUUUUAAUAUGUCAGUCUGUCUUGUUUUCAGAGUGAUGUAGUUCAUCUCUUCUGAAUGAAGUAACUUUGCUAACCUGAAAGUGUUUAUUUGAUAUGAAACAAGGGUAUCUUGUUAGUUUGGUGUGUUAGUUUAUAAUAAACAGCUUAUGUUUGUAUCUUC